UGACAUUUAUCAUAUUGCUUCGAUGUAAACACUGCGUAUAUCCACGAUAUAACCUAUAAAUUAAAUAAAAAUGGAUCAGGAUCCACUGAAUGAGCUGCUGGAAUUCCUCAAACCAGAGUCUAGGUUAGACCUAAAACACAUAUCUCUCGACCAUUUACUAGGUCUGUCCGGUACUGAAGACGGGAUCCAAGUUCUACUAAAUAAUGAGAAAAUAAUACAAUGUAUCAUCGAAUUGACAGACGAUAAAGUCGCGGAAAUAAGUAAAAACGCCUUACUUGUGCUCGUUAAUGUCACGGCGAACGAAAAGGGUGCGUUAGAUUUGUUAAAAUACAGACCCAGUAGGAAAAAAAACAUAAUUGAACUUUUGAUCGGUUACAUACUAAAUCCGGACAAAAAAGAUGCUGACGCUGCCUGCAUGAUACUAUCCAACCUGACGAGAUCGGAAAACGCUGUCGAAGUGUGCACGGACACGUUCCUACCGCACUUAAACGAUUUAUUAAACGUGUUUGUCAACACUAGUUACAACAAAACCGGAUCUAACCUGAACUACCUCGCGCCUAUAUUUAGUAAUCUGAGCUGCUCCCCGCGAGUCAGGAAAUGGCUUACAGACGAAAACCCCUAUGUACCGUUAAUUAAAUUACUACCGUUCUGUAAUUACCAAGCCUCCAGCAUCCGGAGAGGCGGUGCUAUAGGCACUGUUAGGAACAUAUCGUUUGACACAAACUAUCACGAAUUUCUACUAUCAAAUGACAUAGAUCUGUUGACUUACCUGCUGUCCCCGUUAAUGGGCAGCGAAGACUAUCCAGAUGAUGAAAUGGAACAGCUACCGAUAGCCCUCCAGUAUUUGGGCAAAGAAAAACACAGGGACCCCGAUAUUGAUAUACGGAAAAUGAUCAUUGAAACGUUGAACAAACUAUGCGCCAAACGUAACAUUAGGGAGGUACUGCGGGAUAAUGGUGUUUAUUACGUCUUAAGAGAAUAUCACAAAUGGGAGAAAGAUCCGAACACUUUGCUGGCGUGCGAGAAUGUGGUAGAUAUCUUAAUACAGAAGGAAGAAGAAGUUGGUGCGGAAGAUUUAUCUAAAGUGGACAUUCCAGAGGAAUUGAAAGGCAAAUUUGAGGAAAUGGACAAAGAAUAUGUUGAUAAUGUACAAUAAACAUUAAAUUCUAA